AUGGGGAACAGUCGUGGGGUGAUCUAUUCAUCCUUUCUUGUGGUGACCUGUAUCUUCAUUGCUUUCCUGUUUGUGCUCAUUAGUUCAGUAUCUGGUGCACCAGAUCUUCCCCCGAUAAUCAAGUUUGGAGAGUUGAAGUCGUAUAUUGAGCCUAAUUUAGCUGUCGUCGAAUCUUUCUAUGAAUCUGAAUCAAACUCCCCACAGAUGAAGUCCAAGCACAAGAAAAAGAAGCCUGUCUCAAGAAUCAUUAUUGUCGGUGAUAUCCAUGGAUGUUAUGACGCUUUAAAGUCAUUACUCAAGAAGGCGAAUUAUGACCGCAAGUACGAUCAGCUCGUUUCCCUUGGUGAUUUCAUUUCCAAAGGUAAACAAAAUUUCGAGGUUUUAGAUUUCCUUAUUGAAAAUGAUGCUGCUUGUGUUUUGGGUAACCAUGAGGUCAAUAUAUUGGAAAAAUAUGCUUCCUACUACAGUUAUAGCUCGCCAAAGUAUUGUAACUCCCUGGAAAAUGACACUUGUGUCAGUGAAGAAAAUCUGAAAAUGGUUACUACUGAGAAACCAAAGUUUGAUCUGGAAUUGUCAAUUGCUAAAAGACUAAAGCCAAACCAUAUCGAUUACCUUACAAAUUGUUCAAUCUUAUUGGACUUAGGUCCAAUAGCACAUGGAUUCCAGAAAACUCAUGCAGAUGUCUCGCAACCGUUGUUUGACUCAAAUGGCGAUACUCAGGAAUCUAUGAAAGUUUCUGAAGGUAGUGCUAGUAUCAAUUAUUCCAAAACUAUUGAAGGUUUGGCAGUUCAUGCGGGCCUUCAGUGGCACUUAGACUACAUUGACCAAUCUGUGAAUACUAUGGUCAACCUUAGGGCUUUAUUCAAACCAAAUUAUACAGAACCUUGUUUCGACUCUAAAAGAAAUAUUGAUGAAACUAUCACUAAACCUUGGUCUGAGAUUUGGAAUAUAAAGCAACAAGAAAAACUGAACUGGAGUGAAGGAAGAAUGGUGUUUUAUGGCCACGAAGCUUCAAGGGGCUUAGUUGAAAGGGAGUACUCUACGGGGUUGGAUACUGGGUGUGUUGCAGGUAAGAAGUUGACCGCAGCUGUUGUCACGGGAAAGUUCUCUAAAAAGCACAAAAAAACUAUUUAUAACAGCAAAAUUGUUCAAGUUUCAUGUUAA